GCCAUUCUAAUAGUGUACAAAUCUUCAAAAAUUUAAGCGAUUUAGCUAUAUACGAGUCGGCAAGACGGUGUACAUUGCAAACUACAGAAUAUAGUAGAACUGAGAAGAGUACUGCAGGACUAUGGCACGCUGCUGCGCGUGUGAUGGCUGCAUAAAGUGGCGCAGCAGAAAGAGAGGCUCGAUUCUCUUCGCAAUUGUCUGUGCACUACUGCUAUUAGUUGCAGUGGAGAGGGUAGUGUUUGACACACUGGGCCAGAUGUGGGGCACACUCAUCAUCAACUGUGCCACUGCCCUCUGCUCCCUUGUCGGCCUCGCCGGAGUCUGCAUCUACGAGAAGAUCGCCAUUUCAGUGUUCACAGUGUGGAGCCUCAUAUCUAUUGGACUCAACUGUGUCAUCAUACUCAUCUAUAAUGAUGUUGGACUCCUGAGCAAAGUAAGUGUGCACCAAUGGAUUCCCACUUUGUUGUUGCUCAUGCUAAUGUCACAUUCACAGAAAGAGCACUAUCUGGGGCUGUCAGUGAGUAAUAAUAACUGGUGGAGGACAAACGGUAUAGGAUGCAGGGACGUAGGAGGCACAGAAGGCAGUGCUUUGGGGAGCGAUGGAAGCAGUAAUACAGUGAAAUGCACACUAUCAUAUGCAGUAAGGGUGCAGUGUAAUAUAGCUCAUGAGAUGUGGGUGUUUCUUCUCCUAUUCAGACAAUUGAAACCAUUCAUGGUGUUGCUUACAUUUUUCUAACAGUAAGUUAAGUAAUGUGUUGAUUGAAAUUUUAUGCAUUAUAAUGUUUCUGCAGCUGAUUACACUAAUAUUAUCUUUCUGUCUGCUACUUUCGAAAAAGAAAGACAAUCACGUACCAGGGGAUGAUGAAAGCUUCAAUUUUGUGAGUGUGUCUCAGUAUCAGACAGCCCCAAGGCCACAUGGACACAGUCGCAAAUGGUCAUAUUCUACAUACGACACCACCAUUUCAUUAUGAUGAACUGUGACUACGUAUCUGAUGUUGUUUUGUGUCUGAAAUGUAUUACGGUUGUGUGUGACG